GACCGGAGACAGCCUGGCUAGAGCGGACAAAGGCAUCUGGACAAGCUUACGCUGAAGAAACCAAGGUUGUCUUCCUGGUCUUAUUAAUCCUCUUUCCUCUUCUUGGAGGAACUCUCACCUUGUAUCCUUACCUCAGCCUCCUUCCCGGCCCGGCUAAGGAGUGACCCACUCCUAGGCCUCUGUCUGCUAAGCCACUGGCUUACAGUCCACAGGAUUCCAGCCAAGGGCCUACGUCCUCACCAUGGUGAAGUUGCUGCCUGCGCAGGAGGCAGCCAAGAUCUACCAUACCAACUAUGUGCGCAACUCCAGGGCUGUGGGUGUGAUGUGGGGCACACUCACCAUCUGCUUCUCUGUACUGGUCAUGGCCCUCUUCAUCCAGCCCUACUGGAUCGGUGACAGUGUUAACACACCCCAAGCAGGCUACUUUGGCCUUUUCUCCUACUGUGUGGGCAACGUGCUGUCCUCUGAACUCAUCUGCAAGGGUGGCCCGCUGGACUUCUCCUCCAUUCCCUCUAGAGCCUUCAAGACCGCCAUGUUUUUUGUGGCAUUGGCCAUGUUCCUCAUCAUUGGCUCCAUCAUCUGCUUUAGCCUCUUCUUUGUCUGCAACACGGCCACUGUCUACAAGAUCUGCGCAUGGAUGCAGCUGGCUGCAGCCACAGGCCUGAUGAUUGGCUGCCUGGUCUACCCCGACGGUUGGGACUCAAGUGAGGUGCGGCGCAUGUGUGGGGAGCAGACAGGCAAGUACACACUGGGCCAGUGCACCAUCCGCUGGGCCUUCAUGCUGGCCAUCCUCAGCAUUGGAGACGCCCUCAUCCUCUCCUUCCUGGCCUUUGUGCUGGGCUACCGGCAGGACAAGCUCCUCCCUGAUGACUACAAGGCAGAUGGAAAAGAGGAAGUCUGAAGCAGCUGAAGUUUGGUCAACUGUCUCCCUGACAAUGGAAAAUUAAGGAAUCGAAUUCUUCAGAGACAAAAACUUGUUCCUUCCAAUUUUCCCUGUUCCUGGGUACUAUAGACCUGAUGUUCUGAAG